CGUAUCUCGAUGCAAAAAAAGAGUCCAAAAGCGUCAUUCUGCUUUAAUCCAACAAACUACGCAAUUUCAAUUCUUUUUUUUUCUUUCAAAAGCCAUUUCAUGCCCCCCUUGGGACCCUUGUGCUGGUGAUGUUGCUGCGGUCUGGGACCAGGACGAGGAUCAGACGAAGCGGCUCCGUGGACUGAACCUUUCUUUCCCGUCACAGGAACGACGAACAAAGAGGACGGGCCCACUACAUGCCAUUUCGCAUCCCUCUGCGCCGUAAGAGAGGUAGAUACUUCAGCAGAAUGGCGACUUCCGACGCUGCUUCUGCGGCUUCGGGAAACGCAUCUCCCCCGGCAGGACGCCGAAGGUCACGAGUUGUGGAGCUGCAAGACGACGACAAUUUGGCGGAGGUGGGAACUCCGGCCACCGACGAUGCUUUUCCUUUCAUACCCCCCCUGUUCACGAAACCGCCUCCGAUCAAGGAUGGCCUGAUGACGGAGACCGCGGAGCUGCAGGAUGCGACCGUAGAGGAAUGCGUGCAGCUGCUCGCCGAGCCCGAGGGGGACCUGAACUUGCACGGAGUCUCGACGCUAGCGCGAGCGAAACACGUCAAGUUUUUGAAAAUGCAGAUCGCAGGACCGUUUCCUAAGGGCUUUGUUGCCCUAGACGCGAGCCGGCCGUGGAUGCUGUACUGGGCUCUGACGGGCCUGUACCUUCUCGGCGAGGACGUCAGCGUGUACAAGGAACAGGUGAUAGGCACUCUCGCGCCCUUCCAGAACGGAACCGGUGGAUUCGGGGGUGGCCAUGGUCAAUUCAGCCACAUUGCCACAACCUACGCUUCUGUGUUGAGCUUGGUGACAGUGGGUGGACGGGAAGCCCUGGACCUGAUUGACCGUAAAGCCUUAUGGCAUUGGCUUGGGCGCAUGAAGCAACCGGACGGCGGAUUUUCCAUGGUCGAAGGAGGCGAGGUCGACAUACGCGGCGCCUACUGCAGCAUGGUCAUCAUAGCCCUCCUGGAUCUUCCCCUGGAACUCCCCCCAGAUGCGCCAGCAAAGGUCAUCGGAGACGAGACGUUCCUUACGAAUCUUGAGGACUGGCUGGCUCGCUGCCAGACGUACGAAGGCGGCAUCGCCGGGGCACCCGACAACGAAGCACAUGGUGCAUACGCAUUCUGCGGACUAGCCUGUCUCAGCAUCAUCGACGCUCCGUCCCGAAGCCUGGCUGGAAAUCUCAACAUGCACAGUCUGAUCUCGUGCCUGUCAUCCCUGCAGCACGCGCCAGAGCCCGGCUUUGCAGGACGAACCAACAAGCUCGUGGACGGAUGCUACUCCUGGUGGGUAGGCGGUUGCUGGUCGCUCAUAGCUGCUGCGCUCGGCCAGCAGAUGUCUGACUUGUGGUCUCGAGAAGGUCUGGCCAGGUACAUAUUGUGCUGUUGCCAAAACCUCCGCAGCGGUGGCCUGAGGGACAAGCCUUCGAAAGGCCCGGACGGCUACCACAGCUGCUACGUGCUCGCCGGCCUCAGCGCCGCCCAGCACGUCUAUGCGUUUCAGGACCAGGAAAAGCUCGAGCUCGUCAAGGGCACGGCCGGUUUUGGUUGGACGGUGGCCGGACGGGCCGAAGGCCUGCCUGUCGAAGAGCAGGAUCGUGUGAGGGCAAUCCACCCAGUCUUUGUAAUACCAUUUGAACGCGUUGAGGAAUGCCGAAACUACUUUGAAGAGAAGGCUGGCUUCUAGCCACCCACGUGUUUACGUAUCAUGAUAACGAAUCCAACAUCAGUUCG